UUUGUGAAAAUUAACUAAACAAACUAAUGCAAACGAAGUGCCGCGUUUUAAAUUGAUGAAGAUGAAGAAUAGACGGCAUCAAUGGAAACAACCAAGCAUAAAUAAUUAUACGCACACCCACAUAUUUUCUUGCCACGGCGUCUUCAGAAUAAAAACAAACAAAUAAAAGCAAACAAGCUGCAUUUCGAGGCUUUAUAUUCAUUUGUGCUUUCACAAUGGCACUUCGUUUUCAUUCGUUUUUUAGUUAAUUCUCACAAAUCUCAAUAUUACCAAUCCAUUCACUGAAUUUUCACAAACAAGUGAUUUCUCCUACUUACGUUUGUUUUGUAUUGCGAAGGGAGCUGACGUCAAGAUAAAAUAACUUCAAUACUCAAUUCGCCUAGAGAAAGUCUAGUGAACUCAUGGUGAAAAGAUUUUGAAAUCUCUCAUCCUUGUUGCGAACUCACCUCAGAGCAAAUCAUAUGCUUUACUUGCUUUGUUUAUUUUUAUACUGCCAUCAAUUUACUUAGAGGUACUACCAACUUCUCACAAUAUGCGUCUGAACGAGAAUACAAAAAUUCUAGGUAAAAAGGUAAUUUUAAUUCCAUACUGCGCAGCACACGUGCAUAAGUAUCAUGAAUGGAUGAAAUCACAAGAACUACAGGAGCUAACGGCUUCCGAACCCCUAACACUAGAAGAAGAAUACGUGAUGCAGCGCAGUUGGCGAGAAGAUGAGGAUAAGUGUACAUUUCUGAUUUUAUGUCGGGAGACAUAUGAAAGAACUAAUAAUGAAAUAGAUUCUUUGGUUGGUGAUACGAAUCUUUUUUUGAGAUUAUGCGAUGACGGGGAAGAAAACAAUGAGUGUCGCUUAAAAAUGGCCGAAGCUGAGAUAAUGAUAGCAGAGCCUAGUGCGCGCGGUAGAGGUUACGGAUGGGAGGCAAUGCUACUAUUACUGAAAUAUGCUGUGCAAAAUUUGCACAUAAAACAAUACGAAGUGAAAAUUGGCAUAAAAAAUGAAAUUUCUCUUCAAAUGUUUAAUAAAAUGCAUUUUAAAGAAGUGUCGCGCUCUGUUGUAUUUGAUGAAGUCACCUUGUUACGGAUAGUCGAUGAGGAAUGGAUAAAGUGGCUGGAUGCGCAAGUGACAUUGGAGUGCAAAAAUUAUAAAUAAGCAUAUUUAAAUACUUAUUGUAUUUAAUCUUAAAUAUUUCAUUAAAAAUUGUAUAUGAAACAAUAAAAACCAGUUUGUAGUGCGACUUUUUCGCAUCUAAGAACCGAAA